AUGUUCAUCCUUAAUACUCUCCUCUUGGCUGUUCUCUCAGUGGCCUAUGCCGUCCCAUUGACAAAUAUUACCGGACAUGCUGCGGAAGUCUCUCCAGGUUUGAUGUCAGUUCACCCAGCGCUAUCUUCCACUGAAGACUUGACCAACGUAACUGUGGAUUCGACCUAUUACAUAACUUGGGAUGUUGACUUUUAUCCCAUCAAUUCGUCCAUUAUAAUUGAGCUAAGAUACUCCGACAAUUCAGCUGGCGACUCAGCAUACACUUCGGACAGGACGGAAAAUGGCUACGGUUACGUCCCCAUCAAGAUGCAAAAGGAAUGGCUGCAGGGCAAGUUCUACAACAAUCUGACCUUGUACAUCAUCGAGAACAACCCGGAAUCGGGUCAGCGAACGAGCUAUCGAGAAGGUCCAACGAUCACACUGCUGCCAAAGCCUGUGGAGCAUUACAAGCCUCCACCACCAACGUCCUUCAACAAGCUGGGUCUUGUUGUUGGCCUACCAAUUAGCCUGAGCGUCAUUAUCCUUGUCGUGGCCGGCCUUUUCUUCGGAAUGCGCAAGAGCCGGCAAAUUGGAUUGGGAAACGUCAUGGGCCCCAGGAAGAAUGGAUACGGGAUUCAACAGUCCAAAAUCCAGCGCCUUGAUUACAGGAGCAAGGACAGCAUCAACCGGGGCAGAGUGUAUAACACGGAUGUCUAUACUGACAAUCCAAAUCAUCGGCCAGUCGUCAAGGUUGAUACGGAGCUGUGCAACGAAAUAGAGAGGACUCGAGGUCAUGCUUUUACACACGAUGUAUCGAAUUUUAAGAGCUGGAGUGAUUGA